GUCAUGUGACAUCCACGAACUUACAUUUCCGAGUUCUAAGAAACAACGAGGUUCGAAGGAGGAAAAGUACAGGCUGCAUAUUUGAGGCAUUUCUGCUCGAGAACUUCGCAAAAUGAAAUCACUUUUAUCUCCGAUUUUGUCCCUGGUGGUUUGCAAUGUGCUGUUAUUUGGAAGUACUGAAUGUGCUUCGUCUUCUGAUAUACAACCAAGUCCAACUGUUGCCACAAACAAUUCAACAUCUUUAAUGUCUAUGCAUGGGCCCAACACUACAAUUGUCAACAUUUCUUCAGCAUUUGUCACACACACCCCCAAUGCUUCAACAGUGCAUGUUACAACCCCCAUGCCCAAUAUGACUUCAGCGUAUACCACAUUACUGCCCAACAAGACUACUAAUCACACUUCCAUCAUCAGUACUCACUCACUUAACUCUUCAGUCUUCAGUUCCAUGUAUGUGACAUUGACUAGCAUGAUCAUGUCAUCAUCUGCUGGUAACAGCAGCAUUCAUAAUUCUACCAUACACCCAACACCUUUACCUACCCAUUCUAUCAACAUGUCAAGUACUGUUGCCCACAAUGCAUCAUCACACAUACUGCCAACAAUGACUGCAAGUCCAUCGAUUUCAAGUACUGUUGCCCACAAUGCAUCAUCACACAUACUGCCAACAAUGACUGCAAGUCCAUCGCCAGUGACAUCAGUUUUCACAACCUCAAGUGUGCCUCCAACAACACCUGCACCACUCCCCCUUCCAAAAGGAAAGUAUUCUGUUACAAAAAAUGGUACCAAGUGCCUUUUACUUUGGUUAAGCCUGAAGCUCACCAUUACUUACAAGAACAACACUGGAAACGAGUUGCAAACCAGUGUAGUGAUGCCAAGUAAUGGUACUGCUGAUGGUAUCUGUGAACAGGGUGUGUCAUCAAUUCGUAUCAGCUGGCCUUAUUACUCAUUUGAGGCUUAUUUCCUAACUGCUAAAGCUGCUAAUGCACGCUGGGAGACCACCAAUGUUACAUUCACAGCUCAGACCAUGAAUAACUCAGACUUCAAUAAUGCAAAUGACACAAUCAUCCAACAAUCUGUAACAAAAAUGGCUCAGCUAGAGUGGCUUAGUGCAGAUCUUGGAAGGUCUCUGAAUUGCUCCACAGACAAGGAGUUGAAGACUGACAGCAUUGCUGCCACUGUCGAGGGGUUGAGAUUACAGCCCUUUGAAGUCCACAAUGGUGACUUUGGUGAAGCUGAAAGCUGUUUUCAUACACCAACGUCUACACCAAAGCCUACAAACUCACCAGCUAAAAAAACCAAAAAUAAAAACAUAGUAGCCAUUGCUGUCGGGUGCUCUCUUGCUGGCCUUGUACUGAUUGUUUUGAUUGGUUACUUCAUUGGCAAGAGAAGGAGCCGAGCAGGCCCUGGCACUGGCUAUCGCAAACUCUAAUAUCCUAAACACCUAAAGCAACCCUAUGAUUCCAAAUCAGUGUCUGGUUUUUGUUAAGAUAAUCCUUUGUCAUGGUUUUGUAUUGAUGUAAGUUACAGCCAGUUUUAUGUUCUUGUAACCUAACUAAUUUAAGAUGUCUGGCUUUUUGGCUUUGGUUAAUCAAAUUUGCAAUAGGCCAAUUUGCAUUCUGAUCUUGAGCAAAUACGCUUGGCCCGUCGUUAAGUUGAUUGACCGAAGCCAAAACGGGAAACAAGAAAUGGGCUGUAAGGCUAUUUUAGUGGUAAUAUGUGACCAAGAGAUAUCAAGGUCAAAAAUAAUAGUGGUGACUUGGAUAUCAAUCAAAUGCAGUGAUACAAAUUUUGACAAGAUUAGCCUGUUUUGAGAGGUUAAAGUACUGCAUUUGAACUUGGUUCUUGUUCUCAAGAUUGACGACUACACAACAAAAUCAUACUACAAAGUGUUUUUUUGAUUGGUAAAGAACUUAGAAUGAUUUUUCUUUUGUGAUUGUUCAGGGUUAAAAGAAAAAUUUGCAAACAAAUUUCAUAAGAAGAUAGUUUGAUAGUUAUGAUGGUAUAUUUUAUCAUAGAUUUUGUAAAAUAUAUCAUGGUAUAGGUAGGACUUAAAUAUAAAGCACACAAAAAAAUAGGUUGGGAUAAUGGCCAGAUAAGGGUUAAAAGCUUUUAGAGGUACUUGCUGUUGUUGUUGUUGCUUCACAAAAAUUUAUUUACUGCGCUAUUUGCCAUCUCGUCACUUCCACACGUUUUUUAUUUCUUUUUGUGUUUUUUUUUACCACUAACCAAUUAGGUAUUCGUGUUUUACUUUGAUGUUUGACACCUAAUUAGUUAGUAAAAAGCGCAAUAUUUAAAGUUUUUAAAGACAAAGUUUUUUUAACUGUGAAAAAGAAAAAUAAUGAACUUGUGGGAGUGUUCACGGUAUGGCACACAGCACUUAGCUAAAAGGUUAAAAAAAAAAAGAGUAACAGACUUAGAUUUAAGAGUUUAGAUUUUAUAGUUAGUUUUAUAGAGAGAUAUAACUGUAUGAUUAUUAUCAUGUUAAGCACGCAUUAAAAGGAUGUCACUUGA